CACUCAUACACACACACACUCUCUCUCUUUCUCUUGCAAACUCUCUUACACACACUCCUAACUCACACAACUGUGUGUGUGUGUGUGUGUGUGUGUGUGUGCGCGUGUGUGUGUGUGUGCACGAGGACACGCUGCAGGGACGAGGACGCGUCUUCUCUCAUAGAUGUUGUUCAGUCCUGAAGAGGACAUGAACAUCUCCAGAUCAGUUAGAUCUCUCCUGCUGUCCUGUCCUGCUCCUGCUGUUUCCAUGGAAACACUGUAAGGGUUAACUGCUCAGCUAACACGCUAGGUUAACUAAGAGAAUUAAGAAAUUAAGUGAAAUUCACAGAGCUCAGUUUUAUACACAGAUAAAGAUAUACAGAUAUUCAAAAAAUUGGUGCAAAUGUAUUAUCAUUAGCAUACUAGCAUUCAUUGAAGAAAUUGGCGCCAAUUAAGCAAAAAAUCAAGUUGUUAUAAAUGAGUAGACGCGAUGUGUGUCAUGUGACUGUGCAGUAAAAUGCAGUGCACACAUGUGCAGGGCAUCAUGGGUAGCGUGAGCAGUUUAAUACCUGGCACUAAGACCUGCACAGGUUCCGAUCACAAGCUGAAAAAAGGAUUUCAUUGUAAAAGAGGCGGCGUGUUGAAACUCUGUCACGAACACAACGCCAGAAACAACAACAACUCCAAACCGGGCCACGGCGCCACGGGGACCGGCAACAGCGACGAUUUCUUCUACAUUAAAGUGAGCCACAGAGCGAGAGGAGACGAAACGCCAGACGACAUGGGCGCGAGGAAAACUCCAACCGAGCUGAACGUGUCCGCAAGAUUAGAGCAGACUGCAGAGCAUUCCAUCCUGCUGCAGUUCCCCAGGAGCAGCAGCUCCUCCGUGGAAACCCACAACAGCUUGAGCACCAUCCUGGGAACCAACCUUGGCCACAUCGACCGUCCCAAAAACCAGACUGUAGAGCCCACACAUGACAUGAGCUCAAGAUCUCCUUGUGAUUCCGGGAUUUCCGGCUCCACCUGGACCAAUGACGGAGCUAACAGCAGGACCAAAUGGACCGGUGGGAUUCAUGGAGACGGAGGAACAUCAAACUCCAGCACAAGAUCCACCAGUGUGUUGAGCGACUCUCUGUCUGGUCCGGCAAGUUUAAACACAGAUGCAGUGGCUAAAAACAUGGAAACGAAUCGUACCACCAUUUUCACAGAUCAGAAUUUUCCAAGUUCUGCUGAGUCUGAAGUGUCUGAGGAAAGACGGCUCUACAGCUCGGAGGUAUCCCAGCAUGCUUUGCGAGCUCAGCAGCUCCUCCAGCUACAGGUUCUUCAGCUCCAACAGGAUAAAGAUCAUCUCCAGGAGGAGGUGGAUCAGCUGAUCAGAGACAGAGAUGCAGCCGAGAGUCAGCUCAUCUACAAACACCAACACACACCAUUAACACCAACGCUGGAGGAGACGCAGUGGCAGGUGUGUCAGAAAGUGGGUGAGAUCUCUCUGUUGAAGCAGCAGCUGAAGGACUCCCAGGCUGAUGUGAACAGUAAGCUGAAUGAGAUCGUCUUCCUGAGAGCCUCGCUGAGAGAAAGCAGGAGUAAAGUGGAGGAGCUGGAAAAGAAACAGCAGGAAUGGGAGGAGACACUGCACUUACGAAGCACUGAGAUGGAGGUCUGUGAGAACGAGCUGCAGAGGAAGAAGAACGAGGCCGAGCUGCUCCGAGAGAAAACAGGAAAGCUGGAGAUGGAAGUCCAAACACUGAAACAAGACCUCCUGGUGGCCAAAGAGGAACACUUUGAGCUCCUGAGCCUAAAGGUCCAGCUGCAGGAGCAACAUCAUCUACUGCAGGUUUGCCAAUCCAAGAUGGCCGACCAGGAAACUUCAGGUGAAGUCGUCAUCCUUCAGCAGGAGGUGGAGAGACUGCGUGAACAGCUGGAGGAAGAUAAACAGAAAAAGGAGAAGAUCUUGAGCAGCUUCCAUCAUGAGAAGGAGACAUGGAACAAAGAGAAGGAUAAAGUGAUUCGUUACCAGAAGCAGCUGCAGUUGAACUACAUGCAGAUGCACAGGAAGAACCAGGAGCUGGAGAAGAAACUGAAGGAGCAAAACAGAAAAGCUGAUAACAGGACAGAAAAGGAGAAGGACAGGACACAUGAGGAUGUGGAUGUCCUCAAGACAGAUGUGCACUACAGUGAAAUGGUGGCCACUAAGAUAUAAAAUAGUCCAUUGUUUUGCACGAGUUUUAUCAGCCAUCUUACAUUUUGUUGUAGAUUUUUAUGGAAAACUUUUGGUCCUUCAAGGGUUCCUCAAAGGUUCUUUACAACUUAAAGAAGCUACAGAACCUUCCUUGAAUUGUUUCUAGUGUUAUUUUUAACACUUUUUCUCAGACAGUCAAACCAAAGAACCCUUUGCUAGUUAAAAUACACGUCACAAACUUUCCCACUGCUAAAUUCCUAUUGGAGGACAACAUGGCAGUCAAGGUGUAAACAAUGUCAAAGUUCAAAUAUUUUAAAUCCGUAUUGUUUGAACAAUUGUGUCCCGUACACAUUUUAGCUACGUUAAUUCAGCUAGCUAGCAUGUUUCAGCUAAGUAUUUAGAACUCUUCCUUAGCAACAGAGCUGCAGAUUAGCCAUAAAAAGGUCACUUCUGCUACUUUGUUCCUGUUGCAAAUGUUUGAAAAAAUCUUGACGUUGGAAAUACUGUAAACAUUUGAAGGUUAAAGCUCAUCUCCAUCUUUAGGAUUGGGAUCUUUUUACGAGUGAAGCUUUUAUUUUUAUGUUAUUUAUUAGAUAAAUUAAAUCUCGCCACAGUUAAAACACAAUAGACGAGUGCAGUGAUUAUCGCAUCAUAACAUCUAACAGCCAAUCAGGAUCCCGGAUGCAAAUCAGGUCCAUGUAGCAACGAUAGCAGACGCUUGAGGUAUGAUUUCAGUUUGCGUAAAGAAACUGAUCCAAAUAUUAUUACAUUUAAAUAAAAAAUAUUUUGUACUCUGACUUUAAAUCAAGGAAAUGAGAGGAAAUAAAAAUCAACCAAAGCAGAACAUUAGACCAGCUUUAUUCCAGUUACACACACACACACACACUCUGAAUGAUGUACAGUAUGUAUUGUAUAUUGCUUAUUUAUUCUGGUAAUAUAAUAAAUGUUACUUUUGUUUAUAACUGAGUGUGGUGUGGAGAAUAAAUCUCAGCGGGACGACGGCACGUUUAGACCUGAGCUCUAUCUGACCUGACAUGUGCUGAUAUUCCAGUUCCAUCAAGGGAAUUGUUUAACCUGUAUACACGCUCCUUCACGUUCACACUUGCCCCAGAAUGAUGAGGUUGUUUACCAAGAACGACACACACUACGCUUUUUUUUGUCCUUUGUAUAAUAGACUUUGUCUGUGGAGAUUUCCUGAAAGCACAGAAAAGUCCGUUUUCAUUAUAUUGUAGAGAUGAGUCGCUCCAUGUUAUUUUAAUUAGUGAGUCAUUUGCAAAUGAAUCGACUCUUUUAAGUAAACACUGGGAGUUGAUUUUUUAUUUCUUUUUGCUGUUCUUUUAUUUGUUACUCGAUUUUUCAUUUGUUUACUUUCAGUCGGUGCUUCUGUGUUUCCAUAGAAACCAUUUUUCACCACCUGAGCUGGAUUAUGUUGACUAACUGAAUCAUGAGUCAUGUUUUUAUAAAGUACAAGUACAUUUUAUGUAUAUGUAUUAAAUUAUUCCUAAUAGUC